AUGGCAUUCCUUCGCACAUCGCUGAUUGCGUUCUUGCUUGCCCUCGGCACCGGUGCACAUGGUGCCAACGAGACGGCAGCGACAGGCGACUCCAAGAGUGAGCCGCCCGUGAACGCGACAAAUGCCACCAAGGCCGCGAAAGAGCUGGAGCCGCCUAUGGGAAAGGAGGAGGUUUCUGGGCCUGGACUCAAGGUCAAGCGAGGCCAAUUGCCGGGCCCGGAUGUCAUCCGCAUUGUGCACAUCAGCGACACGCACAGCCUCCACCGAAGCGCUGGCAGCUUGCCGGAUGCUGACAUUCUGAUCCAUUCUGGUGAUGUGGCCAAGGUGGGCUCAGAGAGCGAGCUGGGCGACUUCAACGACUGGCUUGGCAGCCUGAAGGGCAAGUACAAGCACAUCCUGGUCAUCUCUGGCAACCACGACUUCUGGGACACGAACUGGAGGUUGAACCGCGGACACAUCUCCAACGAGGUCGCCCAAGACCCGGCCUACUUCCAGUACAGGAUCACGAAUGCGCGAGUCCUCAACCACGAUCUCGCCGAGGUCAUGGGCCUUAAGAUUUGGGGCGCCGGCUGGCAUCCCCGGAGGGGAGAUUCCCGGUCGGGCAACAACUACGCAGACAUCCCGGCAGGUGUUGACAUCGUCGUCACCCACGAGGCGCCAUUUGGCAUCUUCGACAUGACUGGGGGCGGCCACUGGGGCUCCAGCACGCAGCUGCUCGAUGCCAUCUACCGCACCAAGCCCAAGGUGCAUCUCUUUGGACACAUUCACGAGCAGCGCGGGCAGUGGAACAAGGCGGGAAGCCAGUUCCAGGGCGGCGUCGAGUAUCGUCCCAACCCGCAUUCCGGACAGGUCUUCCGCCCCAACGGCCCCCCGCCUCAGAACUAUCCGGUGGAGGUCGAAUCCAACAACGCCAUGGCCAACCAGCCAUCGGUCGACCACAGCUGGACCGGGGUCUGGGCCCCUCAGCACCUUGUGGGCCGUCCUCGGGUCAUCAUCGCAAGGAAGCAACCUGACGGAUGGCACUUUGCUUCUGAGGCCUGA